GGUCCCAGUAUUGCAUAACAAUCCAAGAUGGCUGCCAGUCGAAGUGUGUUUCGUCUGUCUUCGUCUUCUUUACGAGGGAUUUUAUUCCUGAGACAAGUUAAUUCUCAUGCAGUUAUUAAAACAGCUUCGAGACAAUUCCAUGGUUAUGCCAAAACGAAAGUCAAUAGUAGUCGAUUACUUGGUAUUGUUGGUAUUUUUGGAGGUGUUGGUGUUGGAACCUUGUUUGCCUUCAAAGAACAACAUGCCAGUGAGUUUACAAAUAACGUAGAAGACGAUAAACAACAACUGCCCAGUAGAUCCAAGGUUCCCUCUAUCACAUUAUAUCAAUAUCAAACAUGUCCAUUCUGCUGUAAAGUUCGCGCUUUCUUGGAGUAUUAUGGCCUUGAAUAUUCUAUUGUUGAAGUCAAUCCUUUAACUAGAAAAGAAAUCAAGUUCUCUCAUUACAAGAAGGUACCAAUCACAGUAGUUAAUGGUGUGCAGAUCAAUGAUUCAUCAGUUAUUACCAGUGUUCUAAGGUCAUAUCUACUGGGAGAACAAAGUCUAGAGACUCUUCUUACCUACUACCCAGAAAUGAAGUCCACUAAUGAUGAUGGCAAGGAGGUUAUUGAGUAUGCUAACAGACAUGCUGUAAUGCAUGUGACUGGAGUAGAUAAGAACAAACAAAAGGAGCUGAUGGAAGAACGUCAAUGGAGGAAGUGGGUUGAUAACACAUUUGUACAUACACUGUCACCUAAUAUUUAUCGAACAGCUGCUGAAGCUAAUCAAGCAUUUGAAUACUUCUCUACUGUUGGUAACUUUAGCACUGUAGAGAGAUAUGCCGUAAGAUACUGUGGUUCAGUCGUCAUGUAUGUCUUGGGGAAGCAUCUGAAACAAAAGUACAGACUAAAGGAUGAUGUAAGGCAGUCUCUUUAUGAAGAAGCUGAAAAAUGGAUGAAGGCUGUUGGAAAAAGGAAAUUCCUGGGUGGCUCAUCGCCUAACUUAGCUGACUUGGCAAUGUAUGGUGUUCUAAGUGGUCUGGAAGACCUGGACAUGUUUAAAGAUUUAAUGGCAAACACUUCAAUUAAACCGUGGUAUUACAGGGUUAAAAAAGCGAUCACAAAUCAUGAAGGAUCUCAAACCAUUGACGAGAAUGCUUUAAAAGGGUGAAGUGUAUUUGAAAACAAUAUUUUAUAAUAAAUUUUCGCACAUAAUUUGGCCAGAACUUGCUGGAUAAUUAAAAAACUAUUGUAAUGGCACCCAUUACUUUUUGCUUUUCAGAGGGGAAGGGUGACACUGUAGUGGGGUAGACAAUACUUUCAGAUAAGACCACGCUAUAUUUUUACAAAAGGUUCUAUAAACAGGGCCAUUUAGACAGUAUUUAAACAUGUCCGUCACACUGCAUUCAACUUUCAUUACUUGAACCAAUCAAAAAAAAAGAUGGCACUUAUUAUGUAAAACAGUUCCAACCACAAACAAUCUCUUGUCUGAUCUAAGUCAGGGCAGUACAACCCUGAAAUAACCUGUACUUGUUUGGGGACUUUGAAUACGACAAGUGAAUCAGAAGAAGACUUAAACACUGCGUAAAAACGUUUGUAAUUUUACUAUUAUAAUUCUUUCAUCACAGUAACUAAGGACUAACAAAACGUCAGUACAUGUUCCAAGGUUUUUUUAUCAGCUGUGUUUAAGUUUUCUUUUUCUUCGCCUGAAAUAACCUCUGGACUGAUGUAAGUCAGGGUAUUGCUCAGUGGAAUAGCGAGAAUACCAAAGCUUGAAGUGUGAGUACAGGCAAGUUGGUGAGACCAUUUCCCCAUUUCUACAGGUAGCCCAACAAAAUAAGAAAAUUUAAGAUUUUUAGCUAAACUGACAACCCCACACUAUGCCUCUGGUAUGGCUAACUCCUACAUCGAUUAGAAUUUAGCUUACCCGUUGGGUCUUAAAGUGCACAUGAACCCUUCCACAAUACUUUCAGUACUGAUUCUACAUGAAGUAAAUAGUCGAAUGGUAAAAUAUUUAUUGAUUUGAGUGAUGCGUCUCUAGUUAUGAAGGUUUAUACUUCUAAUGUUCUACUAGUGUGACGUCUAUCAAGGCUUAAUUAAAUAUGCAAAAUUUAACUGGUCCAUAGAUACAGUAUUUAAAAAGCAUCAUUAUUUUACUCAUGGCUUACAUGAAAGCUCUUUUUAAAUUUGUAUUUUCAAAAUGGCCAGCAUUUAGAAUUAUUAGUUGUCACCUUCAUUAACAUGUAUGGAUAACUGCUCUUCACAUAGCUCACUGAACUUGCUUGUUUGCAUGCUUGCUUGCUUGUUUAUAUUGCUUGCAUAUUAUUUAAGGGCUUUAAAACUACAACGUUUGAAUAUUUUGGAAUUGCAGAACUCGUUAAUAUAUGACAGUUGAUACAAGAAAACUAUUCUUAAAAGCAUUUUUCAUAACUGCUUAACGACAACGUAGUCCCUAUAAUCACAACACUCCAAAAAAUCCUUAUUUCGCGACGGUAAUCAUGGACGUAUUACCAUUUCUAAAGAUUCUAAAGUAUUGUUAAUUAGUAGCCUGCGUGCAGCCGGACUUUUCUCUCGUAUAGUCUCGGACUUAACAGUUAGUUCGUUCGGCUGCACGCAGGCUGGCAGGGGCGUACCCAGGUUUUUUCAGAGGACGGCCAUAUUCCGGCCCCCAUCUUGUUUCACCCCCGAAACGUGUAUACGCUUUAUUUUUACGAAAAGAAAAGAACCGCCAUUACGUUUUACUUUUAGAUUCAAAAACAAAUUUGAAAUACCGUAUGCAUGGUAAAAGGUGGCCAUUUUGUUGCCACGAAGGGGAGGCCCUGGCCCCAUUGCCUCUCCCCUGUCUUCGCCCUGGUUAAUACCUUGGCAAUUAUUAUCAAUAACCUCAAUGGACUAAGACUUAGAUCACAAAUAAUGUGUGUGGCAAACAACACAGACGAUAUAUUUAGUGGUUGUUAGAGCUAAUGAUUAAAGUGAGAGCACUCGAACGUUAUCAAAAUAUAUUUUAUUUUCAAGCAAUUGGCUCAAUAGAUGAUUUACAUUAUACAUUUUUUAAAUAGUGGCAAACAACUGAAAGUGUUUAUGAUUCGAGUGUCCUUACUGUAAUUAAUCAAUUUGAAGGAGAUAUGAGCAUAAAUUGUAAUUUAUUAUAAAUUGAUAUUGCUGUAAAUAUAAAACUGAUUUUGAAUGUCAAAUAUAGGGUCUGCUGGGAUUCAUAUAUUGUCUUUGACAUUCAAGAGAGGAGCCUGGUGGGAAACAAAACAUUGUUGCACRUCAA